AUGAAGCUGUCUAGCAUCAUCCCUUGGGCCCUGCUGCUCAGUACAGCCACACUGGUUUCAACUGAAUCGGAUGAAGACACCAGAAAAUGUGGGGGCGUCCACAGAAACUUCUCUGGGAGGAUCUCCAGCAGUUUCUCAUGGGGGCCGAAGUGUACCUGGACCAUCCUCUUGAAGAGCGGUUAUACAGUUGUACUGACAAUUCCAUUUCUCAGCCUCAACUGUGAUGAAGAGGAUGUGGAAAUCAUAGACGGGCUGCCAGACAGUACUACAUUUGGGAAGUUCUGCUCCGGGGGACCCCUGGUGUUUAUAUCUUCUUCCAAUGUCAUGACCGUGAAAUACUACCGAAGCUCCAACCAGCCAGUAUCUCCUUUUGAUAUAUUUUACUACGAGCGUCCAUCAGUUAAGUUCUCCAUCCACAGCUUAGUGAUCAUGCUCACACCCAAGAGUGGACAAGUGUUGCCGAUGAAAACAACCUUCCUGGAAGACUCUUCUGGAAUCAGCUGA